AUGGAGGCCGAGAAAAGCACCCUGAGCCUCGUCCAACGAGAACCAAUCGCAAGCCAGAUACAGGGAGGGGUAACCCACAGACCCAGAGGAAAAAGAUGGCAGGCUCUGACAGCACAGAGCUGCAAGUCAGAGCAAUGGGCCCCCCCCCAAAUAGCAGUUAAUAAGAGAAAGGAGAAAGAGAGGCAUGACCGUCAUGUGCGCCCCCUUCUCCUUGGGCAGGUAAAGCGGAGCUGCCCUUCAUGUGGCCCUUCAGAACCUGGGGGUGAAGAGAAGAAGGGACGAGGAAACCCUGUUUCUGUUCAGUUGUUCCCCCCGGAGCUGGUGGAGCACAUCAUCUCAUUCCUCCCAGUCAGAGAUGUGGUCGCUCUCGGCCAGACCUGCCACUACUUCCACCAAGUGUGCGAUGCCGAGGGCGUGUGGAGACGCAUCUGUCACCAGCUCAGUCCUCGCCUUCGAGAGCAGGGUUCCGGGGUCCGACCCUGGAAGAGAGCCGCCAUUCUGAACUACACAAAGGGCCUGUAUUUCCAGGCAUUUGGGGGCCGCCGCCGCUGUCUCAGCAAGAGUGUAGCUCCCCAGCUAGCCCAUGGCUACCGCCGCUUCCUGCCCACCAAGGACCACGUCUUCAUUCUUGACUACGCGGGGACCCUCUUCUUCCUCAAAAAUGCCCUGGUCUCCUCCACCCUUGGCCAGAUCCAGUGGAAGCGGGCCUGCCGCUAUGUUGUGUUGUGUCGUGGAGCCAAGGACUUUGCCUCAGACCCGAGGUGUGACACAGUUUACCGCAAAUACCUCUACGUGUUGGCCACUCGGGAGCAGCCGGGAGUGGUGGGCACAACCAGCAGCCGGGCCUGUGACUGCGUCGAGGUCUACCUGCAGUCCAGCGGGCAGCGGGUCUUCAAGAUGACCUUCCACCACUCCAUGAGCUUCAAGCAGAUUGUGCUGGUUGGUCAGGAGACGCAGCGGGCCCUGCUGCUCCUCACAGAGGAAGGAAAGAUCUACUCUUUGGUCGUGAAUGAGACCCAGCUGGAUCAACCACGCUCCUACACGGUUCAGCUGGCCCUGAGAAAGGUGUCCCGUUGCCUUCCUCACCUGCGUGUGGCCUGCAUGGCUUCCAACCAGAGCAGUACUCUCUACAUCACAGAUCCUAUUCUGUGCUCUUGGCUACAAUCACCUUGGCCUGGUGGAUGAAUUUGGCCGAAUCUUUAUGCAGGGAAAUAACAGAUAUGGGCAGUUGGGAACAGGGGACAAAAUGGACAGAGGGGAACCCACACAGGUGAGACUGCCUCCCAGCUACUCAUCCUCCCCUCCCUUUUCCCUAAUUCCCUGACCCCUGGAUCUCUCCACGCCUCUAAUUUCCAUAGAAUCCACUUCUUUAAAAAUACUGUAUUUUAUUUAUUUAUUCAGCUGCGCUGGGUCUUAGUUGCAGUG